CGGUCUGCUUAGAGGUGGAGGACAAGUGACCAGGGUUCUAGUCCCGGCUCUAGCACUCCCUCAGAUCCUUGGGCGCCUCUCUUCGGCUGGGUGUUCUGGGGAUCUGAGCUUUGGUCUAGUUGCCCUUUGGAGGCUAAAAUCUCCCUCCAGUCCCCAGCCUGGAUCUUCAGCCAGGGAUUUGUGCCAGGGGUUUGUUCCCCACAGGUCCGGAAUGGCAAAGAUCUCAGCCGCAGGUUUAGGAGUGGGGCGCGGGGCUUAGGGCCCUGCCCAGUCUCAGCAUGGGGGGCUCCCUCUCUUCCCCUCGGCCCCGCCCCAAGUCCUGCACUCCUCUGGCUCCUUCACAGCUGUCUUUGAGGCCGCCACAGGAGGGAAGGUCGCUGCUGCCCCGACCAGUGAGGCUACAAAGGCUAGGGCUGCCCUGGAGUCCUCGAGCUUAUGGUGCCCCCUUGGCCCGAGCCGCUGGAGCCGCCCCGGGGGCCGGGCGUCGGAGGCGCUGCCGCUCGCGAGCCCAAGCAGGCAGGCGGGGUGGGGCGCCUCAGGGAGACGCGCGCCCCGGCGGAAGCUCGGUCAAGCUCAGGGGAGGAGGCAGCCGACGCGCUCGAUAGCUGGGACUCGGGCGCGCUGCAGGAAGCGAGGGGCAGGGGCGGCGGCGGCCGCGCCCAGGCGGACUCGGCGGCGGGGGCGGGAUGCGGUGAAGGCCGGCCAGGGGCCCCGGCCGAGAUGAGCGCCUCUGCGGCCACCGGAGUCUUUGUACUGUCCCUCUCCGCUAUCCCCGCCACGUACGUCUUCAACCACCUGGCAGCUCAUCGCAAUUCCUGGGCAAUUGUAGCUGCUGGAUUACUGGUUCUACUCAUUGUAGCUUUGUUGGCUCGUGCCCUUGUGAAGAGAAAACCACCUAGAGAUCCCCUGUUUUAUGUUUAUGCAGUAUUUGCUUUUACCAGUGUAGUGAACCUUAUUAUAGGACUUGAACAAGAUGGAAUAAUCGAUGGAUUCAUGACAUAUUACUUGAAAGAGGGUGAACCAUAUCUGAACACUGCCUAUGGGCACGUGAUCUGUUACUGGGAUGGUUCUGCUCAUUAUAUGAUGUAUCUUGUUAUGUUGGCAGCAAUAGCAUGGGAGGAAAAUUACAGAUCGAUCGGCUUGUACUGGGUAGGCUCCAUUGUCAUGAGUGUUGUUGUCUUUCUUCCUGGAAAUCUUGUGGGAAAGUAUGGAACAAGAAUUUGUCCUACCAUUUUCUUAAGCCUGCCGUACAUUUGUCUUCCUAUAUGGGCUGGUUUCAGAAUCUAUACUCAGCCAGUAGAAACUUACAGCUACCCUUCAAAGGUUGUUCAAGAAGUCCAGAAGAAAGGAUUGCUAAAAAGACCAUUAGAUUUAAUCUUCGUUAUGUAUCUCAUCUUUGCAACAGGAUUUUGCAUAUUUAGAGGCUUGAUUGCCUUGGAUUGUCCUGCUGAGCUCUGCCGACUCUAUAUACAGUUUCAAGAACCCUACAUAAAAGAUCCUGCUGCUUAUCCCAAACUCCAGAUGCUGGCAUAUAUGUUUUAUUCGGUUCCAUUCUUUGUGAUUGCGCUCUACGGCCUUAUGGUUCCUGGAUGUUCAUGGAUGCCCGACAUAGCCCUCAUUCAUGCUGGAGGACUAGCUCAGACCUACAGACUGAAGUAGAGUAUAAAGCUUGUUAAGCCAUAUAUUCUGGAAAUAGCUGUGGAUUUUCAGGAACAUCAGUCCAGGCUGUUUAUUGGAAGAAGGCAAGUUUGGUUAUAUAGAUAUGAGCUUUGUGACCUUAAUUCAUUUUUUUUUCUUCCACACUUUUAUCCAGUGGAAAACAAAAGGGAGUAAACUAGAUAGUAACUAAAAGAUUAGAGAAAAAAAACAAACCAGAGAUCUCCCCCCCCCAGAUAAUAGCCUGUUACCUUAAGAUUUAGAGUUCGACAGAACCCAACUCUUCCUUUUUUACAGGGGAAGAAACGGGGGGAUUCUGGGAGGCUAAAAUAACCCAGAAGCCACCACCACAAGACAGAAAGAAAACGGUAGAAGCAGGAUCCAAAUCCCAGGUUCUGACUCCAAAUACAGCGUGAUGGAAUGCCUGAAACUGUUUAGGGAUGUUAGAGGGUCUGCCUAUUUUGGAGGCUUAAAGCGUGUCAGAGCUCUCUGUCACUUUCUAGAUUAGGGACUAUUCCCCAAAACCCCCCAGCCUGGAAACCAAAGUUUCUCUGUAGCUGAUGUAUUCCUGGAGCCCGUCACAGAUUUUGGCUCGGGACUGAAGUGAACUCCUUUCUUUAACCACAAGGCUCGAGACCUCCCCGAUGGGCGAGGAUUGUGGGAGAGGAUCAUGCUGAUUUUGUCUGUUAGUUACCAUUCAUUAACAAUUUGUUAAUUAUCUAGUCUGCAUAAAUAAAUCUGGUUUAACGAUUAGAUUAGAAACUUUGUAAAACAUGCUUUUUGGUCUAUCAAAUAAGUUAGAAAAAGCAUACCAAUUUAGGUAUAAAAAAGAUUCCAAAUGUUUCUUAGAAUGGUUUUGUAUUUUGACAAUUGCAAAGCCAUUAUUUAACAUUUAUUGAGCACCAACAAUGCGCUAGGCGCUGUACAGAACAUUAGACAUAGUACCUGCCCAAAUGGCUUACAAUCUAAUCUAAACACAUGAAUUGUUUUGUAUGUUGCUGUGAAUUUGGUGUUUGUGAAAAUGAGGUACUAACUGUACUUGAGUAGUGCAGAGAAAAACUUAGAGAACGUUUCUAUAGGCUUCCCUACAUAUUGUAACACUUGCAUGAAAUCUCUGCUGACUCUUAUUUCCAAUACUUUCAAAACCUGCCUAGUCAUUUCCCCCCAAAAUUCUCUGGUUCUUUUGUGAGACAGAAAAAUGUCUGCAAAGAUGGAAAAAAACAAACAAACUAAACUUAAAUAUUUUAGUUUGGUGGUUCUAGAAACACCAGCAUUUACUUAUCUUUUCUCUUAAGAGACCAGCCCCUCUGACAGCCUUGAAACUCUAGUGUCCUUUAUAUCUCUCCCACCUAGAAACAUUAGCUUUUAGGAAACUGAGGUAUAUUUGCCAUAACAGCUUAAAAUGUAACCUUUCUCAAGAUUUUGAUGAAGCUCUUAUGGUGAAAUUUCAGGCAUUGGCCGGCAAGUCAGAGAGGUAUAUUUGAGAUCAGCAGGCUCCCCGGUGCCCUUGAUAUUAUCAUGGGUCACUAUGCUGAUUCUGACCAUAAUCUAACAUUGAUUCAUGGUAGCAUGUACUACUCAUGAUAUCAUAUACUUACUUUUGCCUCCAUAAACAAAAACCUUCCAACCCAGAAUUAAAAAUCUAUUUCCUAAAAUACUUGUCACAUGCAAACUAAGAAACCUGUUGGUUGAUAAAUAAAGGUUUCUCCCUUUCCAUUUCAUAGAUGUAGAAUUUUAGAGCUACAAGGGACUUGAAAGAUCAUCUAGUCCAACCCCUCUAUUUUAUAGACAAAGAAACUGAGGUUUUAGUGAUAGAUGCCAAUACUGUAUUAUUUGUUAGAUUAAUAGAAUAAAUUAUGUAUAAAUUACUAAAAGUGAUUUUUCUAUUACUUUUUGACCCUAUCAGGGCAAACUUUAUGUUGAAAAUGUAUUGUUUGUGUCUACUUUGAUAUUAUGUUGAAGUCACAAGUUUCUAUUUAAUUUCUUCAUGAAUUUUAUAUGCUAAAGUUUACUCAGGUUACAAAAAUUCAAACAUUGAAGUAGUACCAAAUAAGUGUAACAAAAUAUUUUGAGAAAAUAUCCAAUCUUAUUCUUAUUUCUUAUUCUCAUUUUGUUAUUUAACUUCCUAAUUAAAAUAAACAUUUUUCUAAUGUGUUUUUCUAUCAUGUUUAUGAAUGAUAUCUUGGAAGUUCAAGUCAUUUCCUUUUAUUUUAAAUGUACUGUGGCAAGUAUGCAAUAGAACAAAGACAGUCCCACUUCCUUUUCUUUUUCCAUACUCCAUGCUAGUCUGGCAAAACAGAUUUAUAGGCAAAAUGGUAGACCUGAAAAGAUAGCCUGUGUUUUUAUCUACCAAACUGGGAAGAACUCCCUGCUAGUUUUUCCCAAUUAUUCCCUCGACAACCUUAGGGUACAACACAAGCUCUCAGAUUCCUUACAUUGCAAACAUAAAUAAGUAAAUAUAAUAAGAUUGUUAAUUGCUACAUAUGCUCAUUAAUAUGAAUGAGUUGCUUGAAAGACUAGGUAACAGAUGUAGACAAAAUAAAACAAGGCUUCCUCUGCAUCUCUUCCUUAUAUCUUUGAUUAGCUAUUUAUGCAGCAACAACAAAAAAAAUCCAUUUAUUUAGCUUUCCUUUUUCUGGAAUUUUUGUUGAAAAUUUAAUCAGUGAAUGGCAAUUAAGUGCCUACUUAGUUUCUCCAGAAUAUGUACCAUAGCAAAAACUUGUGAUUUAAUUAAGAAUUUUAUGUUAAUAUGGGGAAUAAUUAAGUCAUUAGUAGAGUUUAGCAUAGAAUAUUAGAUGGGUUCAAAAACACAGCUGCCACACUCUAACCAUGUCAAGGAUGGUAUGAUUUAUUUGGACAGUUACAUCAAGAAUGACCCCAAAUUCAGUGAAAUUCUAAAGAACAUGAAUCUUUAUAAAGUGAGAUGUCUGAGAGUAAGACUGUUCAUAAGGGCACAUGUAUACAGUAAUGCUGAACCAUUUUUACAUCAUUAUGCCUGCAUUUGAAAGCACACUUUCUGCUGACCCAUUUUUGUUUUCUAUGUUGAACAGGCUCAGUUUUCCCACAUUGGUGCUUCUCUUCAUGCCAGAACUCCUUAUGUCUACAGAGUUCCUGAGGAGGCUAAAAUGUUUUUCCUCAUAUUAAACUUAGUUUAUGGAAUUCUUCCUCAGUUGCUGGCCUAUCGAUGUGUCUACAAACCAGAGUUCUUUUUGAAAACUAAGACAGAUGAGAAGGAGGAAUAAAAGUCACUUCACUUUUUUUUUUUUUGUAGCUAUGUUACUGGCUUUUGUUAUAACUGGAAUACUGAUCUAAGAUCUCUUUCAGAGUGUAUGUUGAAGUACACACAAUUUUAUUGCUCUACACUGUAUGUAUAAUUGUACUGUAAUAUUUUCAGAUUUGUUCUUUUUUUUAAAAGGGAAAACUAAUUUGUCUAGAAAAAUGUAAAAACGGAUUUAAAAAUGUUUUUCUAAAUUAUUUGUGAAUAAACUUUUGAUGUUUGCUACUA